AGGCCCCUCGUGCAUGCAAUGCAUGUAUCCUCGCCAAAAACGCACGAGGAAGAUGGCCUAGCGGGCACACUCCCAUGGUUGUGUUCAAUAUACCAUAAUGUCCGUGACACAUAAAGCAAAUUUCUCUGUGAGAUUCGUAACGUUCAGUCAGACAUGAAGUUCCUGGUCUCGAUAGUGAUGUGGAUAUGGAUCGCGGUGACAGCUUGGAUGCCCGUUCAAAGGCAUGCGCUGGUUCUACGCGAUGUGCAAUCAGAAGGUACACGGGAACAGACCGGUGGAGCUUCCUCAACCGGUGCCUUCCUAGUGGAUCAACCAACCCCGAUGGAUGUUACAGUUACUGCAGCAGGUAUGCAGCACGAUGACACCGGUGAACCUGCGAGCGGCGAGAAAAAUUCUUUGCUGCAGGAGACGUCGACAUUAUCUACCGCAACGACCAGACGUCGAUCGACGAAAGCUGGAAAUCUCCGUACGCAAUCUAGCCACGAUACGUCGAGAAGGUCACACUGGACUGAAGCACAGCAUGCAGAACUGCACGAAACAACGCUGCCAACAGUGGAUACGUUAACCAGUACAAGAAACCUCAAUGUAGACGUAGUAUCAGGCACCGAAACUGGUCUAGAUGACAGGCUUCAUGGCACAGCAAAGACCAACGGCGACACGUUCGCCACUGCUGAAGGGGAGAAUACGCAAACAGCCCACAGCACAACGAUGUUAAGGGUACCAAUUGCUGAAUCGACUGAAUCGCACGCAGAAAUACAUGCUACACUCUCAACCUUGGAACACACCACGACUACGCAAAGCGCCAAGGCGAAAGGUGUACAAGAUACCGAUGCUGGUACAUCCGUUACACCGAAUAGCAUCGCAGGGACCAACGACGACAUACCUACUACACUUGGAAGAAACCCGCAAAUAAACCACAACACCCGGACAUCUAAGGUGUCAACUGAAGGAGAGGAAGAACGGCGUACCACGCUUCCAACCUGGAGUCCAGCAGUGACCACACAAAACGUAAUGGAAGGGAAUGCACCAAACGUCGGUACUAGCCUAACUGGAGAAACGAAUGGUGUGACGGAGACCACUACCAACGACAUGCCCACCACACUUGGCAAACGGAACAGACAAACACACCACAGUACGGGGUCACCUGCAGGCGCGACUGAGGGGCAUGCAGGACCGCGUGAUACACUCUCGACCUUGGCUGUAUUGACAACCACACAAAACGCCAAAGAACAGAAUGGACCAACCACCGAUAUUGGUCCCAACGGAACACCGAACGGGGUGACGGAAGUCAACGGUGAUAUGCUCACCACGGUCGAAAGGGACCACAGCAGUACUGGGACAUCGAAGGAGCCACUUAUUCAAACGACCGAAGAAAAUCACGUAGAGCUGCAGGUUACAACUACGCCAUCGCUGGACUUCACUAGCACGCAAAAUUCUAAGAAACAAGACGAAUCGAGCACUGCUAAUAGUAUGCCAAACGCAGCUGGAAAUAAGAGUUCACACUCGGACACCACUACUACGACCUUAAACGACCCACUAAAAGAAACAACCACGACUGAAGAACCAGGGCAGCUGCAUGCAACGACAGUAUCAGCGGUCGUGUCAACGCAGGACGUAACAACGCAAAGCACUGAGGUACCUGAGAUACCGCAUACGACCUCUCGUCCACCAAAUGGGACCGGCCUCACGCCCACAGCCGAAGACCAGAGCUCCAAAGACUCCACGCCCUCUAGAGGGCCAAAUGGAACGACGACUGAUGGACUCACAGAGUCACAUACAAUAGCUUCACAAACACCUGAUCCGCCAACGAGCACGCAUACCUCUAAUGAAGAUGAAGUAUCAAUUACAGAUACUGGCAUAGUAGACCAGUCCACCCAGAGCAACAUCGUGUCACCUGCAACUGUGGAUCAGACCUCUCCAUUCAGCAACAGCCGUACGACAGCUACAACAGAAUCAUAUCCCACAACGACUGUAGGACAGGCGGAGCUACAGUCAACAACGACUACAACGCAGAGUCCGACAACAGACACACAGGUGUCAGAGGGACAUGACGAACAGAGCACACCUGAACCCGCAACGGAGACAGGUGACGGUGUAUUCACGCCGAGCGACGCCGGAUUCAAGCCCACACCCACAAGGACUCAUGAUACAAGUACUGUAACCACAGAACCCACCGUACUAGAGGUGACAUCGUCUCAGUCUGUCACCGAUAUCCCUAACGACACCGAAAUUCCCGUAGACGACUUGGACAAGCUGACGACUGAACACGCCAUUACAGGUAAAGCUGAAGGGAGCGAAACGUCUAUCACAUCAUCGAGUACCACCAUGCAGACUGCAGCUCUGCAGUCGAAUAUAACACGAACAGCUUCGACGGCGUCGGGUGACAGCACGACUGCGUACACGGAGAGCGACAAAACUCAACUUACUGUGACAGUAAGUUCCACAACAGAGGAUGCUGCUAUCACAUCAGGGUCACCCACAAAUGACAGUGACGCAACAGUAACAAGCACACAAGUUGCGGUAACAGGAAAAGGCGGCACCAGUCUCACACCAACUGGUGACUCAGAGUUGGCUACACACAGAAGUAAUGAAUCGGACGCGGUGACAACGGCCAGUAGCGUUGAUCCGCAGACAGAAAAAACAACAGAUGUUGAUCCCAUUGGAACAAGAAAAACAACGACAUCGACAGAAACAAGCAAUGAAAGUUUCACGACAUCCAGGGGGACCACCACGAAGGUGGUCAAGGAAACCACUGUGACUACUUCCGUCGGCACGGCUGGAGGACAUGCCCAAUCGCCUCUACAGACAUCGUCACAUGUUAUCUCAACUACGCCUGAUAGCACUUCGUCAGCACUUAACGACUGGGGUACUUCUACCAUCAGUGACUUCAACAUUACCCACACUCCGUCCCAUUCAGCAGACUCAGCAGGAACCACGGUGAACCACGGUCGCGUAACAACAACAGACACUCCACAAAGUUCGACGCGUAACGCGCACGACACGACAAGCGGUCACGAUGGGACAAUGACGAGCGCGGGUAUCAGUGAAAGUACGUCACCGCAGCAUGACCACAAGAUAAGCCCUACGACGACACAGAGUCCCGAUAAAGGAACAUCUUCGACCGAUGGAAGCACUUCUUCCGGAGCAGGUGGGACGCAUACCACAGAGACUGCGGGAUCGUUGCCCCCUGGAAGCUCCGGGACUUCGACAUCUUCUAGCCCAGAAUUCACAGGAAUAGCGACCACGAUUUCAUCCGUCCCUUCGGAAUCGGUCAUGGUCACUAUGGGCACAGCAUCGCGUACUGGUGGCCCGACUGCGACCGCGACGUCUGACGUCAUUACGCGAGCACCUACUCCCGCAACUGCGCCUGCACGUAACGCGAGUGGUGCUCCUGCGACACCCAAGGUACCAGUAAACGCGACCUCAGCAUCAAGCACUGGUUCAUCGCCUCCAACAACGGCAAAGCCACCACGAGUCGUGAUUCCCCAUCUUCCAGACGUUCCGAAACCGAUAAGCCCAUUGCCUCUCGCACCCGACGAUACCCACGUCAAACAUGGUCACUUGCCACCAAUACCUCAACCUAUUAAACCAGGACCGCUUCGCUAACGCAGCGUAGUAGAAUAAUAAAAACGGGAACAAUUAACAAACAACAUACUGCUACGGAAUCCAAAAGGUAUAGACCUAUAUGUGCGCGUGUUUCGAGACUGCCGGAUGGGUUGCGUGGAGAGCGUGACGUUUGUUGCUCUUGCUUCUACCGAUCUCCCCUCAACUCGAGGCCUUCAUGUGACGCUUACCAAAUCUUGUAGUAUAUUUAUUGAUUUAUUGAAUGUACAUGGUGUCGUAUGAAACGUGGUAUUUUUUUCCUUUUCAAUUUCGCUGUCGUGGAACACAAAUACAGCUAGUAGAUAUGAGACUGUCAUUGUGAGGUACAUAUGUCGGGACACUGCACGAACUGUGAUGUAUUAAUCGCUAUCGCUAUGGAAUAUCGACAACUUGAAGAUCUGGGCAUUGUUCCCAUGUGCCAGCACUAUCAUGCCUCAGCAUAUCCAACGCUAUGAUGUUCCCUUGUAUUGUU